CAAAACAUAAGAACCCCAUCCACCGGUCCAUACAACUAGAAACGAGCCCAAUCAUAGUGAUCCCGUCUUUUCAUAUUGCGGCUUUUGCCCUAAUUUUAGAUUCUCACAACCACUUUCAUCGCAUCUCACUCGUUCCGCAGCGACGCUAAACACUCACUGUUCGUCAACAUUAUUGUGUAGUAAAUCACAUUCUCCAGUUUGCUAAAAUGGAUAAUCUCGAGGACGACAUUCGUGCGUUGCAGCUCGACUCGUCUGCUGAAGAUAGUAAUACGGUGCCCAAUGAGAAUGGUGAGGAGCCUAAAGAACUAGUGGCUUCUGAUAAUGUGGAAGAAGAUUUGAGGGACGAGUCAUAUAUUGACCCCCAAACAGUGCAUUCUGAGCCAAAAGAUGUGGCUGAAGUGAAAGAGCAAACCCCUGCUGCUCCAGAACCUAUCGUGGAUGAGGUGGAAAAGGAAAAGAAGCGACAUCUAAAUGUUGUAUUCAUCGGUCAUGUUGAUGCUGGAAAGUCAACCAUUGGAGGCCAGAUACUAUACCUCAGUGGCCAAGUUGAUGAGCGAACAAUUCAAAAGUAUGAGAAAGAAGCUAAGGAUAAGAGCAGAGAGAGCUGGUAUAUGGCAUACAUUAUGGAUACUAAUGCAGAGGAGAGGGUGAAGGGUAUAACAGUUGAAGUUGGCAGAGCACAUUUUGAGACAGAAACUACACGAUUUACUAUAUUGGAUGCACCGGGUCAUAAAAGUUAUGUUCCCAAUAUGAUUAGUGGCGCUUCUCAGGCUGAUAUAGGUGUACUGGUUAUAUCUGCUCGAAAAGGGGAAUUUGAAACUGGAUAUGAAAGGGGUGGGCAAACUCGUGAACAUGUUCAACUUGCAAAGACAUUGGGAGUUUCAAAGCUGCUGGUUGUUGUCAAUAAAAUGGAUGAUCCUACUGUUAACUGGUCAAAAGAGAGGUACGAUGAAAUUGAGUCAAAAAUGGUUCCCUUUCUGAAGUCUUCAGGCUACAAUGUGAAGAAAGAUAUUCAGUUUCUUCCAAUAUCUGGCCUUCAUGGUACAAACAUGCAAACAAGAAUGGACAAAAAGGUAUGCCCAUGGUGGAGCGGUCAAUGUCUCUUUGAAGCGCUCGAUGCUAUCGAGGUUCCGCCACGCGAUCCGAACGGUCCAUUUAGGAUGCCUAUUAUCGACAAGUUUAAAGACAUGGGGACUGUUGUUAUGGGAAAAGUAGAAUCCGGUAGCGUACGUGAGGGCAAUAGCUUGCUCAUUAUGCCAAACAAGGUUCAAGUGAAAGUUCUUGCUUUAUAUUGUGAUGAUGACAAAGUUAGGAGUGCGGGACCUGGCGAGAAUCUAAAAGUUCGAUUAUCCGGUAUUGAAGACGAAGACAUACUUUCGGGUUUUGUUCUUUCCAGUAUCGAAAAACCAAUACAAGCAGUUAACGAGUUCGUCGCUCAAUUGCAAAUUCUUGAGUUGCUGGACAAUGCUAUUUUCACUGCUGGUUACAAAGCUGUAUUGCACAUUCAUUCUGUUGUCGAGGAAUGCGAGAUUAUCGAGCUGAUGCAUCAGAUUGAUCCUAAAACGAGGAAACCAAUGAGAAGGAAGGUGCUCUUUGUGAAAAACGGUGCUGCUGUUGUAUGCCGUAUUCAGGUGUCUAAUAUGAUAUGCAUCGAGAAAUUUUUAGAUUUUCAACAGCUUGGGCGGUUUACACUCCGCACAGAAGGAAAAACAGUUGCAAUUGGAAAAGUUACAGAUCUUCGUGCAUAAACAUUUUUGGAGAAACGAUGUAGGAAAGCCUGGUUAUUGCAAGAGAAAGCUAUUGCGGUGACGGUUCCUGAUAUGUUUUGAGUUUCCAGUGAUUUCAUGCUGUGAAGUUAUACAGACAGAUGAGUGAGCACAAAGUACAAAACUAGCAGUGGGAUUCUUUUAAAGUUUUUUUUUUUUUUUUUUUGUAAAAACAGCCAAGAUCAGUUGCUUUCCGAUACUUGGCAGCUUUAUUUAUGACAUUGUAAUCACCGUUUGAUCGUGCUAUAGUUAUGUGUCGUGUGACGGGUCUGAUGCUCA